AUGAUGCAGACUGACCUUGGUACUCUCUCGGGACUGAUAGGAAUCUCAGAGAGCGGCGAAUGUGGCAAUCGGAUCGUUUUUACAGAGAGAUUAUCCGUAGAGCGCAUUCGACCAUCAAGAAACUACCAUCGCGGCUGUUUUUUCUCACUCGAUUGCACAUUUUUUGUGACUUGCAGUGGAGCCGCUAGAGUGCCGAAUAUUUUUAUAAUGUUCGCAGAAAGUUUAAUUCAUGCAAAGAAAACAUAAGAAAACUAUAGAUGAUGAACUUUUGGAAAGACAGUAACCUCUAACCCAAGUUUGAUCUGCAGGAGGGCGCGACUUCCGAGAUUCCGGAGGGCGGGAGUUUGAAAUGUUUCCGCAGCAGCGAAACCGGCGACCUCUACCUGAAGAUUGAGUACAGCCGCGAGCAGGUAUAAUUUAUCAUAUUUAUGACGUCAUUUGUGAUUAUGACGUCACUAUUAUUGAUUGUUUUUUUCAGUUUAAUCAAUUUUUUUUAUUUGAUAUAUGGUGAUAAAACGGAAAAAGGCGAUGACGUCAUUAGAGGAAUUUAAAAGUUGCCAUUUUUUCGAAGCUCACUUUUUUUCAUGACGUCAUUCAAAUACCAUAUUUAUGACGUCAAUUGUGAUUAUGACGUCGCUGUUAUUGAUUGUUUUUUUUAGUUUAAUACAUUUUUUUUAUUCGAAGUAUGGUGAUAAAACGGGAAAAGACGAUGACGUCAUUUGAGGAAUUUAGAAGUUGCUAUUUUUCGGAGCUCACUUUUUUUUAUGAAGUCAUUCCAAUGUUCGAGAACAAGUCUUGAAGCCCAAAAUGUUUAAAACAACUCAUCCGCGCCAUUUUACGAAGCUAAUUUUUCCAGAUGAAGAGCUUCAGUGCGUCGCCGCUGUCGCGUCAACGCGUCGCCAACUUCCGCGACAUCGUCACCCACGCGCCGGAGCUGAUCCGCAAGCCGCCGAGCAUCCCCACCGAGUUCGCCGUCACCCUGUUGACGUCGCCGGUCGCGACAAACUCGUGCGUCAGCCCCGUGAUGACGUCAUCCGCCUCGGCGGCGCCUUCGUUCGCGCCCCCGUCGCCGGCGAUCGUCGCAGUCCCCGCCGUUCCUACUCCUCGUCGCGGUCCCAUCACGCCGGUUAAACUCGCCGAUCGUCGCAUUUUCGGCUUCGACACUCCGCCAUCGACGCCCCGCCCAUUGAACUAUUCCAAACUCUCGGCUCCGCCCCCUCCUCGUCCGUCCUUUUUGGCUACCCCCAUUUGA